CGUUGAAUAGACAAUGAACGUGUGGUCUUCCGAAAACCAUUGUGUUUCAGCCUCCUUUGAGCUCCAAGGCCUCUCGCCUCACGGGAAAGCUCGUUCAUCUAUCCUUGAUCGACAGAAAGUGCAGAAUCAACCGACCCACCGAACUCACCAGGUUCAUUCAUUCAUUCUUAUUAUGCGGCUCAUGAUGUCUUGGUGCUCUUGCUUGGUCGUCGUCUUUCUACUUCAGGCAAGUCAUGGAACCAGCGGUUCGGCUUACAAUAUUACUGCAUCGGAGCCACUCUUUCCGAACCAAACUCUCGUGUCCUCUGGCCAAAUCUUCGAGCUUGGGUUCUUUACGCCAAACGGGUCAGAAAAUCAGUAUGUUGGGAUAUGGUACAAGAACUUGGCGCCUCCAAAAAUCGUGUGGGUGGCCAAUAGAGAAUUGCCGCUUGUGUACCCGGAUCAGUCCGCGAAAUUAAUGAUAGGCAGUGAUGGGAAUUUGAAGCUCGUGAAUGGAAAACAGAAUAUAUUUUGGUCUACCAAUGCCUCUCGUCGGUCCAAUUAUAGGUCAGCGGCGCUAUUAGAUAGUGGAAAUUUUGUACUGCAGGAUGCAAAUUAUAGUAAAAUAUGGGGAAGCUUCGAUGAUCCGACAGAUACUCUUCUUCCCGGCAUGAAGAUGGGAGUAAAUGCCAGGACUGGGGAGAAACUCUAUUUAAUUUCCUGGAGAAGCGACAGUGAUCCAUCCCCUGGAAGGUUCUUGACUGGGAUAACAUCGGAGACGCCACCUCAACCUUUCACUUGGAAUGGUUCCACCCCUUACUGGAGAGGCGGAUAAUGGGACAAAUCGAAAUUUAUCGGCAUAAAAAACAUGGUCCGAUCGUACUCGAGUGCAAUCAAUGUCGAGCAAGAUAUUCAGCAGGGGACCACUUACUUAUCUAUUUAUUUACACAAGCAUACCUAUGCAUACAUGUCUGUUUUGCCUGGAGGAUUGCUUAAGAUAAUGUACUGGGAUGAUGGAGCUAAGGUGUGGUUGGCACUUUGGGCAGGACCGAACAAUACUUGCGAGACUUAUGGAACUUGUGGUCCUUUUGGAGUUUGUAACUCAAUGAGUUUGCCUAUUUGCAGAUGCUUAAAUGGGUUUGUGCCAAAGUCAAAUGAAGAAUGGAACAGUGGAAACUGGACCGGAGGAUGUGUAAGAGAGACAGAAUUGUAUUGCCAGAAAAACACAAGCACAUCGGCUUCAACAAUUGUAAAGAAAGAUGCCUUUUGGCAAAUGAACCGGAUGAAACUACCUGACUCUGAGGAUUAUUUAUCAGACAUUGGAGAUCAAGGAGGAUGUUUAAGCUGGUGCCUAAGCAACUGUUCUUGCUUGGCUUAUUCUUAUGUCAGCACCAUCGGGUGUAUGGUUUGGACUAAAGAAAACCUCAUCGAUCUUGAGGAAUUUUCCACAGAUGGAGAAAAUCUAUUUGUUCGAGUUGCACAUGUAAAAACAGGAGGAUCGUCGCAGAAAGCCGUUGUCAUCAGCCUGAGUACUGUUGCUGGGAUCCUGUUCUUUGCAGUAUUUGUUUUUGGUCUUUGCAAAUGGAGAGCUAAGAAAAGAGGUAAACCUGAAAAGCCGGGCAAACUGCUACAAGGAAAUGCAUGGAAAGAGCAAUUGAAGGAAGAUGAUGCACUGGAAUUGACUGUUUUCAGUUUUGAUAGCAUACUACUUGCUACAAACAAGUUCAGCACGACAAGUAAACUCGGGCAAGGAGGGUUUGGCUCUGUUUACAGGGGAAAGAUGAAUGAUGGGAAAGAGGUAGCUGUGAAAAGACUUUCUAGUAGCUCGGCCCAAGGUGUUCAAGAGUUCGAGAAUGAGAUAGUCCUAAUAUCAAAACUCCAACAUCGAAAUCUGGUUAAACUCAUUGGUUGCUGCAAUGAAGGAGAUGAAAAAUUUUGGUAUACGAGUACUUGCCAAACAAAAGCUUGGACUCCUUUCUUUUGGUUGGUUUUUCUCUCUGAAUAACU